CCUCUCAGUUUCCCUCACACCCCAUGCUGAGAGGGGCGGCAAUGCGCAUGCGGUCCGCCACCGCUGAGCCUGCCGGGUAGAAAUGGAUGCUCACGAUCUGUUCCGUCGCCUCGGCGCGGGAGCUAAGUUCGACCUUAGACGUUUCCCGGCUGACGCGGCGCGAUUCCAGCUAGGAAAAAGGAAAUUUGACUUUGAUUCCUCAGAGGUAGUAGAGGAACUGAACUUCUUUGGAAGCAAGAAAUCUACCCCAGCUGAAAAUGGAGUCUCAUUGGAUAAUAGCCUAUCCAAGGGAGAGGAGAGACUACAGCAAGAAGCUGAAGGUGAGGAGGAUAACAGAAUUGAAAGAAAGAGGAAACGGAACAUGAAGAAGAAAAAGCAAGCUUCUGAAACAAUUUCAGUCAGUUCCAACAAGGAAGAAGAAACUAUACUAUGGAUGUCCUCACUGGAAGCCAAGAUUAAAGAUAAAAAAGGAAAAGAAGAAAGUAAACUAACUGCUGAGAAAUUGGAACGGCUCCGAAAGCAAAAGAUAAACCGUUUCCGAAAUGAACACAGAAUUCACAUCCAAGGAACAGAUCUUCCAGAACCCAUUGCUUCAUUUCAGCAACUUGACCAGGAAUAUAAGAUCCACUCUCGACUACUCCAGAACAUCUUAGAUGCAGGGUUCCAGAGCCCUACACCAAUCCAAAUGCAAGCAAUUCCUGUCAUGCUUCAUGGUCGUGAACUGCUGGCUUCUGCUCCUACUGGAUCUGGAAAGACCCUGGCUUUUAGCAUUCCUAUUUUAAUGCAGCUGAAACAACCCACAAAUAAAGGCUUCAGAGCGCUGAUAUUAUCCCCCACACGAGAACUUGCCAGCCAGACUCAUAGAGAGUUAGUAAGACUCUCUGAGGGCACAGGAUUCAGAAUACAUAUGAUAAACAAGGCAGCUGUGGCAGCCAAGAAGUUUGGGCCUAAAUCAUCUAAGAAAUUUGAUAUUCUUGUGACUACUCCAAACCGACUAAUUUAUUUGUUGAAACAAGAUCCUCCAGGAAUAGAUCUUAAAAAUGUGGAGUGGUUGGUGGUAGAUGAAUCUGACAAAUUGUUUGAAGAUGGAAAGACUGGUUUCAGAGACCAGCUGGCCUUCAUUUUUCUGGCAUGCACGUCCCACAAGGUCAAGAGAGCUAUGUUCAGUGCAACUUUUGCACGUGAUGUGGAGCAGUGGUGUCACCUCCAUCUGGACAGUGUUAUUUCUGUUUCUGUUGGAGCAAGGAAUUCUGCGGCAGAGACUGUGGAGCAAGAACUCCUGUUUGUUGGAUCAGAGACGGGCAAACUUCUAGCCAUGAGAGACCUUGUUAAGAAGGGUUUCCACCCACCUGUCCUUGUUUUUGUUCAGUCCAUUGAAAGAGCUAAAGAACUUUUCCAUGAACUCAUUUAUGAAGGUAUUAAUGUGGAUGUAAUCCAUGCAGAGAGAACCCAGCAGCAGAGAGAUAACACAGUCCAUAGUUUCAGAGCAGGAAAAAUCUGGGUCCUGAUUUGCACAGCCUUGCUAGCAAGAGGAAUUGACUUUAAAGGUGUGAACUUAGUCAUCAACUAUGACUUUCCAACCAGUGCAGUGGAAUAUAUCCACAGGAUAGGUCGAACUGGAAGAGCAGGACAUAAAGGAAAAGCUGUUACCUUCUUCACUGAAGAUGAUAAGCCGUUAUUACGAAGUGUUGCCAAUGUGAUCCAGCAAGCAGGAUGCCCUGUGCCAGAGUAUAUCAGAAGCUUCCACAAGCUUACAAGCAAACAAAAGAAGAAGGUGAUUAAGAAACCGUUGGAAAGGGAGAGUAUUAGUACAACCCCGAAGUAUUUCUUAGAAAAUGCUGAGAAUGAACAAAAAAGUACUCAUCAGAAUACUGGAAAGAAGACAGCACCUACUAAAACCAAAAGUAAUAAUCAAAUUCCUUCAAAGACUAUUCCAGAAAUAUAAUUCCAUUACCUUAAGUAUCCCAAGGAGAAGUGCUGUUUUCAUGGAGCACUUUGAGUCACCUGUCUCCUAGGCUGAAAUAAAACUCCAGGAAGCUGUUGGCACAGAAGGUGAUACAUGAUCAGGUGCUAUCACUGUUUCUUAUCAAGUUUCAAUUUAGAGGUGACUUUAGGGAUAAUACUGUGAAAGGAAAACUGUUUUCUGAAAUGUUUGUGACUUGAAUCCACGGGAAUACUUCUUAUAGAAGACCUUAAAGUACAGAUGGGCCAAGAAACACCCAGAGAUGGUUGGUCGUCUCUGAAAGUUUCCUCUACAGGUAGAGAGUGUGAUCACUGCUACAUAGCACCAGAAGACAAAGUAGAGCUUCAGGUGUCACUUGAGAAUUUGAGAACAUCUUUUCAAGAUGUGUCUGGAAUAAUGCAUCAGGAAGCCACACAGAACAUGUUUGCUUAUUUAACAUUCCUUAAAUAGCUUGGGAAUGCCUUUGUGAAGUGGACAUAGCAAAGGGCCUCCCAUUCUGUAGCUCCUGACUGGAGUAAUUUAAGCCCCUGGAAAUGAGCACCAGCUCUUUUAGUUACUAUUUUCAUACUAUCAGGGAAGCACCAAACUCCUCCUCUGACCAUCUUGUUGCUGCAAUUAGAUCACUGCUGGUGGUGCCUCAUUUUCCACCACUUAACCACAUUGUCCCAUCCCAUCUUUUCCAUACCCAUUGGUUUUAGUUGAAAACUGAUCUGUGGUUUAUCCUGAUAGGAAUGAAUGUUCCUAUUACUUGAUAGUCUUUUGGCACCACUCUCAUAUGUCUGCAUCCCUAACGGGUUUUUGCCCUCAUUUCAUCUAGUAAGCUAACCCUUGCUGAAUACAUAGGGAGAUGGAAAUUACUCUUUGGCACAUGUGGGCUUGGCAUUUUUGUAAAUGAUGGUUUUGUACUAUAGAAUAAAAGCCUCAAUCUCAA